UCUGCUUAUUUUAUUGCGUCGAAAGAAACUUAUUUGACAUUCGAUAGUUCAUGUUUUGGGUCGAUUUUCUGUGAAAGGACUGGUUUAGCGAUGAUUUCAGAAGACUAUGAUCAUCGUUGGGAAGCGCUGGCAGAAGUUCAUUUUAGUGCAGACGGGAACGAGUUAACUGAUGAUAACUACAUCUACUGUUUGUGCAGCAGAGUAUUUAUACGUGACGGAGUCAAACUUUAUUAUGCUGAAAAGGAAGAAUGCAGUGAAAGCGAGGCUGAGGCUCCGGAAGAUCUGAAAACUCAAGAGCUGGAUGACCAGUCACAUGUUCAUUUUUCUCUGGAUACAUCCUACAAAGUCAAGUGUGAGAAGGAUGAGGGUGCCAGCUGCUACUGUAGUGCAUCCCACACAGACAACUACUGCUCUACGGACGAGCACGACCCUGGGCACGCUCCUGCACACACACUGCAGCCCAGUGACAGCGGUGCCGACCUCACCUACCAAGAGGGACAUUCCGACACCACCACCGACAAACCAGAACUCAUGGACGUACAAGAUAUAAAUAACACAGAGUUUGAAGAGAACUAUCUUUCAGAAUGCACUUGGGAUAAAUUCUGGGCGAUUAACGGAGAAAGAAUCAUCUGGGCCUCUUGGAUUAAGAAAUACAGUGAUUACAUAAACCCAUCCUAUUUGGACGAAAAUAAUGACCUCACAAUGGAAGAGGCUAAUCUGCCGAGGGAUAAAUCUGUAGAUCAGAUAUUCAAUACAAAUAAUAAUGCGAAAGAAGAUGAUGACAGCAUCAGGGAAAGAAAGUUCUCUUAUGAUUCAAAGGUGAACCCAUACAAGAAAAAUAGGGGCGGAAACAAUGGUACAGAAAAGGCUGCAAAAUAUAAAGAUGAUUCAUGGCUGAUUAUUGAAAGAAAAAGGUCAUGUUCUGAACAUGAGAGAAUGCUGAGCCCAAGAACUUUAGCUGGUACUGAUUCAAUGACAAAUGUCACAAAAAUCACUCUUUCCAGUUAUGACGUUGCUUCCAGUCAUGUGACAUCAGAGUCCUCACCAACUGAUGACUACAGUGUCUCGUCAUCAACAUCUGAUGACCCUUCCAAUGAUCAGACAAGAAUAGCAAACAUAAUUGAAAACACAGAGGUGCCGGCCGAGGAAAUGGACACAGAUCAGUACUGGCAGUUUCUCUGGAAACAGCAUUUUGGUGAGCAAUAUGCUUUACACUUUGCCAACUAUACAGAAAAACAAAACACAAUACACAAUGCAAUACCAGCAGUAAACAUGGAAGCUGUUGAGAGACACCCAACAAUAAAAGAAAAGCUAGAAAUCGAGUAUGACCAUAGUGACGGGAACUCACAAGAGAUGCAAACCAUCAUUGAAGUGCAAGACCAAGUGGGCAAGAUUAAAAUAGAUGACAAACCCAGAAAUAGAAAAAGAAAUAAAAAGUCGACCAAAGCAGCCACUUCAGUAGGGCUUCUACUGCAGUUACUGAAAGAUGAGCAUAAAAACGAUGAAGUGUUUGAGGCUGCAGAAGACAACUCAAACUCUCAGAAGAGUGACAAUAAGUCAGUGGACGUGGUGGACAGUCCCCGCAUGGACACGGGCAGUGUGGAACAGACGGGGAGCAGUGACAGCUACAGUUACAGCAAUAAUGGCGAUGGUGGUGACGAGCCUCCCGAAGAUAGGGCUUAUAACUUGAAAAGAAGCCACGAAACAGACGAAGACAACAACAAGAAGCAACAAGAGGAAGCGUCCCAGAAGAUCCAGAGUACCUUCGACAUGAUGGGUCUGUGCCUGCCGCCGGACUGCGCUCUGAUUGGUCAGCUGGUGUACCGCAAGCGACGCGUGCGGCCCCCGCGCAUGCGCAGGAGGCUCGCGCCGAGGAAGACCUACUUUGAUGAUGAAGGCAAUCCGUGCGAGGUCCAAGACUCAAACGAAGAGCAAGACAUGCAGACGGACGACGAGGCGGCCGAAGUGAAGGCUGACUGCGACAAGGGUGCAUCGUUCGACGUGCCCAACAACCCCGCUGAUGCUGAAGAGAUCAAGGACAUAACCCUGGAGGCUACGGAGACGCCAUUACCUGAAGAUGUGGAGGAUGCCAGUGACAUGGUGGAGAAGAUUGGUGAUGAUGAGGCGGCCGUGGAUAGUGGUAAUAUCGCCACCACAGACCCCGCCAAGCGCCGCCGCCGCAAGCGCCGCCGCAGCCCGCGCCGCGCCGGCGACGUGCCGCCCGAGCUAGCCGCCCGACCGGACAUGAUGAAGUACUGGAAGAAGCGGCACUCGCUUUUCCAUCGUUUCGACGAGGGCAUCCGCCUGGACCUAGAGAGCUGGUUCAGCGUCACCCCGGAGCGAGUGUCGCAGCACAUCGCCGAGAGAUGUCGCUGCGACGUGAUAGUGGACGCGUUCUGCGGCGCGGGCGGGAACGCGCUGCAGCUACCUACUACUUGCGAGAGAGUGAUCGCCAUAGACAUAGACCCGUGUAAGAUCGCGCUCGCCCGCCACAACGCGACUAUCUACGGCGUGGCGGACCGCAUCGAGUUCAUCGUGGGCGACUUCUUCCAACUCGCGCCCACGCUGAAGGCCGACGUCGUGUUCUUGAGCCCGCCGUGGGGGGGACCCAAGUAUGCUGAGAACGAGCACUACGAUCUGGAGACGAUGCUGGAGCCGCGGCCCGCGUCCCAGCUGAUGGCGGCCGCCGAGACCGUGUCGCACAACAUCGCGCUGUACGUGCCCCGCAACACCCGCUCCGACCAGUUGGUGGAGUUAGCGAAGACCAGCGGCGCUGUGGAGAUUGAACAGAACUUCCUCGGGCGGAGAUUCAUAGCGCUCACCGCGUAUUACGGAGAACUAGUCAAUUACUGAACCAUUUACCGCCUUAGUAAUAAUGGCGGUAAACAUAAUGUAUAAGUAUAACUACUGGUCUGUUCAAUAAGUGCUCGUAUCAUAUUUGUUACCAAUUUUCUUGUCCAUGUACCUACAGCACACUUUUAUAACUAUGACAGGGCGGUUGCUCAGCUGUUCUACGACAUAUUGUUUUUACCGCAAAUCGGAAAUACCAAUAUUAGUUAAAACGUAGUCCAAUUAUAAUUAUGUUGCGUGAAUAAGCCAAGCAAUUUGCUGGGCUAUAACGGAAUUUAUGUAUCGAAUAGAUCCAUAUUGAUUAUGUCUUUCAUAUCGGGACGAUAUAUUAUGUCUAACUGAAGCUUGUGACGUUAGUUUUAAGAAAAUAUGUUUUGAGAAUACCACGCAAUAAAUAUUGUGAUUCCUCCUAUUUUAUAUAUAAUUUUUAAUGUAACGUUAUCUAAGUUAUUAUUAAUGUUGUCUUGAAAUACUUUCUAUAAGAAUGGAAACUUUGAUUUCUAAGGUUUACUGUGGUAACUAUUAUACAAUACACACUUUUAAUAUAAGUAACAAACAGUGUUAUUCUUGGCUCAUUAAACACUAAGAUACAGUAAUGUAUUCAGCAAUGUACUCGUUGUUAUGACAUAUAACUCUUCUUUGGCGGUUAGAGUGCACUAUAAAAUAGCACAAAAUAUAUUAUAUAAUAAACUUACAAUAUAAAAUAUGACUUUGCAGUGUUCAAUGCUUAGCGAUCAAGUUCUUUACUCAAACAUACUUACGAAAUCUCUAGAAUUAAGUGAUAUCUAUAAUGUGCAGCUAGCACGUUCAUAUUAUAACGCCUCGAGGUUAUCGAAACAUUAUAAAAUGGCGGACGAGCUCAUGCUAUCUCGUCCUAUCAAUACUCUUCAAUCUUCGUCUGUGUCAAUACCCCUUCAUGCCUUCCCGGAAGGGGUAGCCGUAGUCAGAGGUGACUCCAACAGCCGCCAUUUUCUUAUUCUUUCUUUAUCUGCGGGGCGUAGUAAUCAUACAGUCAAGUCAUUGCGUUGUUCAUGUUUUUACUAUGUACCUAUUCACGACGAGCCGUUAUUCAGACUAGGUACAGUCACGUGCAUUAACAUGUAUAAACUUUUGUACCUUAACUCCAAUUAAGUAAUGAUCACUGCACUCAAGCACAGUGUGUGGUACGCCCACAGAUAUUGAUAAUCUAACUAUACUGAACUGGCUGCGCCUAUGGUAAUAAUAGCUUGAAGAAGACAUUCAAUUGUUUUUGCGCUAAUUCUUGAGUACGAUGUCCAAUGAGCAAGUAAUAGGUAUGUCCAAUCAUGUGAAUCUAUUAAUGACUUGUAUAUUUUAUCUGACUGAGCAUGCUCUUAUUGCAUUUAUAUGUACAAAACUGUUUUGUAUGUCCGAUUCCGUUUUGCAGACAUAUGAAAGAUAGUUUUAUUUGUUUAAACUAUUUUGAUUGCAUGCAGUACUGAGAUGGGAAUUUUUAUAGUAACAAGUCUUAACAAUAAUAAUUUGCCUUAUUGCACAUAUAUGAUGCGACUGGCUUGAUUUGUUAGCUAACAGUGUAAACCACUUUACAUUGAUUUGUAACUCAGAUACUACAUGUAAUAAUGGCUAACUAGUAUAGCCCUAACAAUCUGCUAAGCCAAAAUAUAUUUGUGGAUUAUUACUGGCCUUGAAAGUAUGGUGUGAUCUUUGAUGUUGUGAUUCUGUAAAUAAUUGUUAGAAAAGUGAAUCUAAAUAAAUCGUUUUUGGUGCAGA